AGACAGUCACAGCAGUGACAGUAAAGGGUGUAGGCCUAAAGGGACAUAUGCCGCGUUCAAGUGCCAGUCAGAAUUAGGAAACUCGGAAAUUUCCGACUUGCUAACUACUCCUGCUAUCAUAAAUACAGACCAUAACUGGCAGGUCCACAGUUUAUGCCACAGAAAAGGGCACAGAGUCACAGACACACGGACGCAGCAAUCCAUCCUUUUGGCAGUCAGAACCUAAUAGGACUUGCAGGCAUCUCAUAACGGUAAGUGCGAAUGCAUCUGCAUCUCAGACGGGAUUUUACACUGUGACCUUUCCCAGCAACAAUUUGAAAGGUAUUUGAGGGUCAAGCGGAUUCUGUAUUAUUUACUGCAAUAUUCCAGAUUUGACAAGGACUAUAAAAACCAUCGCUGUAGCCUUUACGAAUCAAUCCCGUUCUGAACCUCAGCAGUGAAGCAGCUGGUAAAUUAUGGUUUAAUUAUUUAUUGCUUCCUUCUAUACACUUCUAUUAGGCUAAUAUUUUCUCGAAUAGACCUGCAUUUAUUGGACUAUAAUUUUACCCAUAUGCUAUUUCUUCCCUGUGGCCUAGAAUAUUCGUAACAUCCCCGGCCAAUACAGGUGUGAAAGGCUGUAGUAAUCGUCUGUGCAUAUUUUCUUUUUACCUCAGACGCGAAAUGGACUUCGAUCUGCCACCCACUUUUCCAGCCAGCGGUAUCGCAUGGGAGAGGGUCCUGCCGCCUCUUCUUCCAGGGCUGAACGGGACAUUCGGGUUGUACUCAUUCACGCCGUCGGAGCUGCUCACCCCAGUGACGGAGCACACUGGCUCUGCACAGGUAGGCUUAUUCCCGUUGCAGUGCUCUAGUCUCUCACAGAUACAUUUCUUUGUUCUGUAUCACUGAGGUCGCCUUGAUUAAUGAAUUGUAUUUUCUAUAUUCUACUGACCUUUUUAAUGAAUGCCCAUUUACUGCAGGUGCUCUUGCGUUUUCUUAUCGUUUGAAUGGAAUUUCAUAAAAGUAGAUUAAACAGCAGCAAAAGAGCAGCAAUAGCGUGUCAUUUUGAGUAGUAAUAGUGGGUAUCUUCCCCUGUUGCCAGGUGUGUUGUGACCACAGUGGAUUCACAGUUCAGGUUGAUGUGAAACACUUCAACCCAGAGGAGCUGAUGGUCAAGGUGAUGGGAGACUUUGUGGAGGUCCAAGGGAAACACAAAGAGAAAAAAGUAAGCAACUACUGUGUUAUAUGUAUUAUGUAAGAGUUGUUCUCUGUUCAUAAUCACACUUCCAUAGUUUAUGUGAUGACAGACAUUGAAUAUAGCCUGGUUGCUAUGCAGUCUGUUUCUGCUUCAGCCAACUACCGACCAAACAGACUGGAAACCAGGCCACUUGUUAGCCUGAAAACGAGUAUUCCUCACUGACUGUGUUCACUAUAACGUGUGUUUGCAGGAUGGGUCAGGGCUGGUGACGCGUCAGUUCAGCCGCCGCUACAGGAUUCCAGAGGGAGUGGACUCCAUGGCUCUGGAGUCAGCUGUGUCGCCUGAAGGCAUCCUCAUCAUAUCUGCCCCUAUGCUUCAGGGGGAGAACUCCAGACACCUGUCCCACUCAGAACCAUGAGCAUACACGCCAUAGGAACCAGUGUUGGGGAGUAGUAAACUACAUGUAGUUCAACUAGUAAUUUAACUACAUUUUGCAGUAGCUUUAGUGGCAGUUCAGAUCUUGGUAGUAAUUAACUACUUUUUUUGCCAUGUGGUGUAGCUAACUACUGGAACUACACACUACAUUUUUUUUCAAAUAGAAAAUAAAAUAUGGGUGAAGUAGGCUUUUCCUUUAUUUUUCAGCAUUACCCCUUUCUAAUUCUCACUUAAAACAGUUUUGUGUUUAAUAUGCUAAAUUACACAUUCUGUUAACAUCUUACUCCAGAGAGAUCUGUUCUUGCAAUUUGUAGUCUAUGACAUUCAGAUUUAAAUAUUAUAAUUUAUCACAAAGUAGUUUUCUAUGUAGUGAACAAUUUUUUCAAAUUAACUUUAGUUAAAGAAAACAAAUGUUUUCUUAAGGGUAACUUUAGUGUAGCUUAACUUCUUCCAGUGUGAAGUAAUUGGUAGCUUGGAAAACUAUAUGUUCACACACACACACCUUUAAUUACAUGCCAAGGAUCACACAACAACAGCUAGGGAAACACUGAUAGGAACCCACCAUGGAGAGAAAACGUUUUAA